UACAAAAGUGAACCUUAUGAGAUGUAAAUUUUUAAAAUAAAAUUUGUGUCAAAAUGCGUGUUAUUCUCCAUUAAUUGAACUAAAGAAUAAAUAUUAAUUGAAUAAAAUGAGUGAACAUGAAUUCAAAAAUGAAGAAAAGAUUCUGUCGAAAGAGCAUUAUUGGUUGUUGAACUCAACUGCAGACAAAACAUUCCAGGAAGUCUUCUGCUUACUUAACGCUGGUCGUGAAUUAACAUCCCCAUCUGGAUUACCAGGUCUUGAAUCCAGUCACAGUUAUGAAAGGUUUAUAUUGAAUGGAGCAAAUGGCACAAAAUGCAUAAUGACUCUGGACUCCUGCUGCAUAAUUGAAGCUGAUUUAUUGUUGAAAGUUUUGAAGCCUUCCACCAAUCAAAUAAUUGUGUACAGAUUCAAACUGGACUGCCAAUAUCCCUGGAUCAUUUCACAGUUACAAGAGUCAUCAAAUUAUUUGAAUAAAGGCCUGCAAUUGCUUGAAUCCAUUUUGGAAUCCACCAAUCACAGUUCAGGCUAUGAGAUCAUUAAUAUGUUAGACAACUUGGUGACAUUCUUGAGAAAGAGUAAAGACUUACUGGCAAAUCCGUCAUCUUCAGUAAGCACUGCCACAAGCAGUAGAGCCUCACAAACAAAUGUAAAAUUGUCUCCGGAGUUGCCGAAAGAUUUGGACCUUACAAUCGUCCUCCAAUCACCUAAGCUCAUAUGUACAGUAUAUCAACUUUCAACCAAUCAAAAAGCUCAAACCGUUAUGGAAUGCUUGAUCCCCAGACUGAAUGAUAUUAUCCUUAUCAUCAGCAGAGCAAUCAACCUAUCUCAAAUGCUGAAAGAUAAGGUGAUUGUUAAGUUCCGAAUCUUCACUAAUGUACGUACACUCAGAUGCGCAAUGUCAGAUUUUUCAAAAGAAUACGUUAGUUUCAGGGGUAAUGUUCCCAUGAAAAAAAUUUGCGUUCAAGGCUCAGAAACAUGGACAAUAUAUGAUGCAGGGUCAAAGUCAAUAAAAUCUCCAAUUAUAUUUCUUCCCCCUGUAGUUGGGCAGGCUGAUGUUUACUUUAAACAAAUCCUUGCUCUGUCUGCUCUUGGAUACAGAACAAUAUCUGUAGAAUAUCCAGUUUUGUGGACUGUCAGACAGUUUUGCAUAAGCUUCAACAAAUUGUUAGAUUCACUUAGGCUAGGAAAAGUUCACUUGUUUGGUUCAUCGGUUGGAGGGUUCCUGGCUUUGAAAUAUGCUGAAUAUACAAAAUCAUCACGCAGGGUUCAUUCUGUCAUCCUGUGCAAUUCAUUCACUGAUGCCUCAUUUUUUUCCUCCAAAUCUUUUUCUAUUCCUUCUGACAUAUAUUGGUUACUUCCAAACUUAGUUUUGAAAAAGUUGGUGUUGUCUGAUUUGAAGAGAACGAAAAUAAGUAGAAGUAUAGAUGAAUCAAUAGAGUUUAUGAAGGCAUCUCUAGAUAACUUGACACAAGAAGAAUUAUCAUCUCGUUUGACCUUGAAUUGUGUCAAUGAUUAUGUACAGCCCCAGUUUCUAAGGCAUGUUAAGAUUAUGGUCAUCGAGGUUAAUGAUUGUGAAGCAGUUGAUAGUGAAGUUAUGAACGAAACAUUUAAAUGUUUCCCUGAAGCCAAAAAGGCCGAAUUGAAGAAUGGAGGCUGCUUUCCUUUCCUCUGUAGAUCGGAUGAAGUCAAUAUUUUCAUUCAAAUCCACAUGAAAGAUUUUUUGGACUGCCCUGAUUGUCGCCCAAUUGAACCGAACAAUCCAAUCAUGACUUUAUACGUGGAGGCCAAUCAAUCAACUUCAACUGAAACGACCUCAUGA